AGCGUUUGUAAAAGGGAUCUAUCCCCUGCCCACUGCUCAAUUUUGUUGUUCUUUCUUCCGCAGACACAUUCUCAGGAGCAAGGGGAAGAAAGUCAUCAUGGGCUGUACUUUCUCGGGGCUGAAUACCCUCUAUGACGCCGUGAACGGUGGUGGAGAUGUCUGGAUCAACGAGAACCGUUUCAGAAUCCUUAGGCAGCUCGGAGAAGGUGGCUUCGCCUUUGUUUUCUUGGUCAAAGAGGUGCCCGCCGACAAUUCCUCAGGCCCCGGCACUGGUCUCACCACCAAAGUCAAGGAUAAAUCUCAUCUUUCCGAAGAUGGAACUUAUGCAAUGAAGAAGGUUCUUAUUCAGAACAAUGAGCAGCUGGAAUUGGUGCGGGAAGAGAUUCGUGUUUCCUCAUUGUUUAGCCACCCAAAUCUUCUUCCUCUUCUGGAUCAUGCUAUCAUUGCGGUUAAGCUGAUCCUCAAAGGAACAUCUACUCUUCCAAAUGGGCAAUACUCCAUGCUGGAGUAUAGUUGGAAGCCACUCUUGGAUGGAAGUGCACUUGGAUGGAACCUUGCUGGACAAUUCAAAAGCAAUGAUGGCGAAGAAAGAGUUCUUCUCAACCUCGGAUGUUCUUCAGAUAUUUCGGCAGGAUUGAAGCACAUGCAUAGUCUUGAGCCUCCAUAUGCACACAAUGAUGUGAAACCCGGAAAUGUCCUUGUAACACAUAGGAAAGGGCAGUCACCUCUUGCCAUAUUGAUGGAUUUUGGCAGUGCUCGACCUGCAAGAAAGCAAAUUCGUUCAAGAACAGAGGCACUACAACUGCAGGAAUGGACAGCGGAGCAUUGUUCAGCACCUUUUAGAGCUCCUGAGUUUUGGGAUUGCCCAAGUCACGCAGAUAUUGAUGAGAGGACCGAUGUUUGGUCUUUGGGAUGCACACUUUAUGCAACCAUGUAUGGUGUAUCUCCAUUUGAGUAUGCUCUUGGAGAGUCUGGGGGGAGCCUACAACUGGCAGUCCUAAAUGCACAGAUAAAGUGGCCAGCUGGAUCUAAGCCUCCAUAUCCAGAAGCUCUGCACCAGUUUGUGACGUGGAUGCUUCAGCCGCAAGCAGCAGUUCGCCCUCGCAUUGAUGACAUCAUCAUCCACGUCGACAAGUUGAUUGCCAAGUUUUCCAGCUAGAGAUUUCAGAUUACUUAAAGCAUGUUUGGAGUGGAUUGCUUUACCUAUUGUGCUCAGCAAUUGGGGAGGAGGGACUACGACAAGAACACAAACGGGGAAACAAACAAAUAGAAGCUGUGCUGCGCCUGAGCCAUCCCAUGUUUAAACGAGAGCAGUAACCAUUUGAUUAGACUGCUACUUUUGGAAGUACUGGAAGUAGAGUUAUGAAAAUUCAUGUUAUAGCAAACCCAUAAAAGAAGAGAAAGAAGUUGCUCGAAACACACAAAAUCAUUGACUAUUUAGGUUGCUUCCAUCCUGAAUGUUCUCAAGUUCCAGCAUGAGAACAAUUGAAGUAUUGCCGCCUCUUGAAACCCAUGCACCAUAUUAAUGUACUAGAUAGCGGAGCUUAAAAUCAUCGACUGCUAGUCAAGUUGGUAUGGUCCACAUGUAAGAAAGGUUUGUUCUGCCUUGGUUUUGGUCCAUACUAAUACUAUACCGAUAUAUUACCAAUAAAAUAUAUCAUAUUAUUAAGUGCAUACUAUUUGCCGCAAAAAUAUUACUAUUUGCU